AUGGCGAAAACUGGACAAAGAAGCGAAAUUUCAAAGCUUUUAAAAGAACAUUUAUCGCCCUUGAUUCAGGAAUCGCUUCAUUCACGUAGCAUAUCAUUACAUUUAAAUAUUCUCAGCGUAGGAGGUGGAUCAGGGGAAAUCGAUGGGGAAAUGUUGAAAAUAGUGAAGAAAGAGUUACACAAAUGCAAGCAUAGCAGUCACAUGAAGAUCUUCAACCGAAUGAUCGAGCCUAACGAAUAUUCGUGUGGUCUCUACAAGGCAGCCAUCGAAAGCUUGCCUCGCAGUCUUCCCGAUGUUAACCCCAUAGAAGUUGAAAUCUUGCGGCAGACAUUUCAAGAGUAUAGGAAGAUGAAGUGCAGCCAUCAGCAAGGAUCAGUAAAGUUUGAUUUGGUGCAUUUUAUCCACAAUAUCUAUUACGUGGACAUCGAGGAGGCUCUGCUUCGCUGUUUUGAGAAAGAGCUAAACGAUACGGGAAUCUUUUUCAUCGUCGAAGGGAAAGACCUCAUGGACUGGGUGAAGUUGAAACAAAACAAGCAUUUGGCUGGAAAAGACAAGGCUAACGAUUCCAAAAUGGUGGAGAGAAUUAUCAACGUUGCUUUUGAUAAUGGCUGGAAACAUGAAGUAUACGCCCAAGAAUAUUCUAUCGAUGUUACCGAAGUGUUUGAUGAGAAAUCUACUGAAGGAAAUCUGCUUCUUGAUUUCCUGACAGAAACUGCGGAUUUUCGUGAGAAAGCAGACACAAAACUUGUGGAAGAAACACUUAAACUGAUUAAGGAUCGGACCAUUUUGAAAGAUGGGAAAAGAUUUGGUGAGAAAAAGGAAUCGCUCAUUGUCAUUUCCAAAGAGCUGUGA